AUGGCUUUCUGUGGUCGUCAGUAUACGGCAGCCUCGCCCGUCGUCGCCAUCAAGCCGCCGCCUUCCCAUCACUCCCAGCUGCCCACCACAAACCUGACACGCGAGCAGGCGCCUCUCUCGGUGCCUAGCGUCUCGGCUGGCAAGAAACGACCUCGCGACGAAGCCUCGCACAACAUCGAUCCCUACGUUAUGGCGCCGCCGACUGCUGAUAAGCCAGACAAAGGCUGGAUACACACCCGAGGCGCGGCUCUCACCAAGCCGGACGCACAAUGCAUCACCCAUACCCGCGGUCACUUCGGCAAUCAGCGAGAAGAAAAGAGUCUUGGUGCAGAGCGGCCCGAACUGAGGAGUAGUAAAUCGCAGCGAAUGGACCCCGGCAUCCAACAAUCGUCGUCCUCGAAUACAUCGAAUGGCGCCAGCCCCAGCCGCCCAGGCCGCCAAGUCGCAAGUGUCGAAUCCUCGAAAGAAUUGGUCAUUGAUGACUCCACCCUUCAUCUCGGCAUUGGAUGGAGACGUCUGAGCGACGACCAACACAUGCAGGCGGCAGCACGAGGUUGGGCGCGCUUCAUUGGAAAUCACUUUGCCCUCACCAACGUGCGAAUGUGUCUCGAGAGUAAGGGACUUCAAUCCUACCUGGUGGAAGCGUCUGAGGGCUUCUUCCUUUUUGCAGAAAACCUGCGCCACGGACGACUGGUCAGCCGAACCGUCGACGGCGCGCUCCGCAACUUGCAAUCAUCGCCACCGACAUUUGACGGCGCGGAGACCCUGACAAUGGAGGCCAGAGAUCGUCCGCCACCUAGCGAACCCCCCACCGACACUGAAAUGAAGACAGACUAG